GCCGAGUCCCGGCCCGGCAGCGCCGCCCCGGGGGGGGCCCGGCCCCGGUUACCGCGUCCGCUGGGCCCCGGGGUCCCGGUGCUGCUCCCGGUGCCCCCCCGUGGCCGCGGGGCCGGGCCUGUCCCCGGGCCCCCGCCGGCACCAUGAGCGCCGAGACGUUCGUGAAGGACAUCAAGCCGGGGCUGAAGAACCUCAACCUCAUCUUCAUCGUGCUGGAGACAGGCCGGGUGACGAAGACGAAGGACGGGCACGAGGUGCGGACGUGUAAGGUGGCCGACAAGACGGGCAGCAUCAACAUCUCGGUGUGGGACGACGUGGGGAACCUCAUCCAGCCCGGGGACAUCAUCCGCCUCACCAAGGGCUACGCCUCGGUCUUCAAGGGCUGCCUGACGCUGUACACGGGGCGCGGCGGCGACCUGCAGAAGAUCGGCGAGUUCUGCAUGGUGUACUCCGAGGUGCCCAACUUCAGCGAGCCCAACCCCGAGUACGUGGCGCAGCAGUCGCAGAGCAAAGGCGCCCAGAACGAGAGCGCGAGCCCGGCCGCCGCGCAGAGCAGCCAGGGCCCCCCCGCCGCACCCCCAGCCCCCGACAGCCAGAACGGGAACGGGCUGAGCCCGGGGGGCCCCGCGCACCCCCCCAGCGCCCCCGCGCACCCCCCCAGCGGCCGCAUCACCCGCAGCCAGCCCGGGCACCCCGGCCCCGCCGCCGGCCCCGUCAGCAACGGCAAAGAGACGCGGAGGAGCGGCAAGAGAUAACGGGCCCGGACCCCCGCCGCCCCCCGCCCGCCGCCCCCGCGGGCCCUGUCGGGGGUCCCGGCCCCCCCCCCCCGGCUCCUGCCCCCCCCCCCGGGGCUCCCGGCCUCGAGCAGCCGCUGGGGCGAGGACGGGGCCGCCCCCGCUCACCCGGGGGACCCCUGCCCCGCGCCGGCCACGCGCGGGGUCCCGGGCACGAGGGGCUGAGCCGCUCGGCUCCUACCUGCGGCCCCCGGGGCGGGGAACACAGCCCCGCGCCCCCCCCCGCACCCGGCUGCCGCCCACCCUCGUCCCGCAGGUGGCCGGGGGCUCUGCUGGGGACGGUAAUAAAGGUCAAGCUCCCGCCCG